AUGUUUGAAGGUGGUCAAAUUGGAUAUGGAGCCCCUGCUGCUCCAAAAAGUAAGAUUCCUAGUAAAGGCAAGCGGAAAGGGAAGUCUAAACCAAGUUUGGAUGAAACUGAAUUGGUUGGAUCUUCUAGAACCAAGAAGGCACGGCUACACCGUUCACGUGAUCGACCUAUUUCCUCUUAUUCCAAAUCCAAGAUACUACAGGCUGUAUCUGAUCAGAUUAAGACUAUAAUGUCUGAGUGUAAAACCUUGAUUGCUAAUAGUGUUCGUACUGGAUUUCAGCAUGUUGAGACCCGCCUUGAUAACAAAUUGGAGAAGGUUGUCCCUUUGUUUGUCAGGCAAUGUUUGAAAUCCAAGGAUUCUGAUGAAGUCAUUAAAGAUGUAUUGAAAAAUCUCUGCCUUUGUGAUGAUCUUUUUGAUGAACCUGGAGAAAAUGUUCCCGAAGGUUCAACAGUUGGUGAUAAGAAAUCUUCGAAGAAACCUAUGGAGGAUGAUGAUUUAGGUACUGUUAACUCUGCAGGUGAAAAUAUUUCUUUAGGAGAGUCUAAUCAAUCAGUCCCUGUUGUGUCUGCGACAGCUCCGGUUCAGAAUUCUACUGGUGAUGCUGAGGUGAACGUUAUUGAUGUGCUUCUCUCAUUGGCAACUAACCCCAAAUUCAUUGCCAUCUGCCAGAUAACUCAACCAACCAGCAGUACAGAUAUUGAUUUGAAGGAUGCUGACCUCCUAUCCAUUCCUAUUUCUAUUGAUCCAUGCCGUCCAGAUUGGUCUAUAUUGUUAAUGAUGAACUCAUGCGUGAUGGUUAUGAGGGAUGUAAUUCUGAGUGGUCCAGACUUUGCUUCUAAUGUUGGAGCAAACAUUUUACCUUGUGGCUUUGUUGUGGGUCUUGCGAAGCAGUUUUCUAGAUUCAAGAAGAUUUCUCGUAAAGAUUCUUUUGAGUUUGAUCUGGAAUUUGUUCAUGCUGUACGCAUAAGGAUGAAGGAGACUCGGAAGCAAUGGGUUAAGGACAUUGACUCUAUCUAUUUUCCUUUUAACAUUGAUCGCACCCGCUGGAUUGGUGUUUGCAUUGAUCUUUCCUCCCACCUCAUGACUGUCUUUGAUCCAUCUGCUUCUGAGAUGCAUAGCUCCCGGUUGAAGCCAGAGCUUGACUUUAUUUGCGAGAUGUUCCCGUUUCUUGUACGCAAGAGUGGUCUCAAUAAUGGCAUGAAGAACUUUUUUACUAAAGUGAUUUCGUUCAAAAGAGAUACGUCUGUUGUGCAAACGCCUUCUCGAGCUGAUACUGGUAUAUUGUCUCUUCUAUUUAUUGAGGCUCAUGUUUUAGGUGGAAUUGACAAGGUAUACAAAGUCAAAAAUGCAUCCCUCCAAGAGCGGGCUGAGCAACUUGUGGUUGACAUGUAUGAGCAUUGCUGUGGUGAUAUUGAUCUUAGCGACAAUUAG